AUGGUUCUUUAUUAUGGUCUGUUGGCUCUUGAGACGGCUAACAAUACGAUUGCUGCAACCGCUGCUGCUGCAACAUCAACAGCAAGCAUACCAAGAAUUACAUCUGAUCGAACGAGUCUAUCACGGAAACAGAAAUAUUUAUCAAAUUCAAUCGGAAAAAUGCCGUCUUCAUCAACAACAUCAUCAUCAUCAUCAAACUCAUGGAUUUAUACAGAAGAUUUAAAAAAACGUUUUGAAGAACGUUAUAUUGAUUAUCGUUAUGUAUUUGUGCCUGUUUAUAUUGAUCCAAAAUCGACUCGUCGUAAUCAUAGUACAAUAGCAAUUGCUUCACAUAGAAUUGAUCGUGAAAAUUCUUGGAUAUAUUCAAGAUCACUUCGUGAUCAUUUAUUUCAUUCAACAUCAAAAAUAUCUUUACCCUUAACAACAAAUAUAUCAUCAUCUGCAUGUUGUGUAACAAAUCAUGGUUUUAUGCGUGAUGAAUUACCGAUAAAAAAAGAUUUAAAAACAAGAUUAUUUAAACGUUCAUCAUCAGUAAAAGAAAAAUCUACGACGAAUAUAUCAUUAUCAUCAUUACCAUUUCAUCCAUUUAUGUCAUCAACAUCAUCAUCAUUUUCUGCCAUAACAAAUAAUUUAGGAAAAUAUCAAACAAAUAUGGUCGUUGAAGAAGAUGAUGAAGGUGGUGAUGAUGAAAAUCAUUUUGCUCCACUUAUUAAACACGAUUCUACGAUUCCAUCAUCAUUAUCAACAUCACGUUCAAUGGGCGUGCCAUUGACUGACAACAAUACUAUCGUUAAUUCGACAGAUACUAAUGAAACGACAUUUUCUACUUCAAAGUCAUCAAAUACUAAGACAUCGAUAAAACAUUCUACUUCACACACAAAUAAAUUGACACGUUUACGAUCAUUUUUUUUCCGAACAUCUCCAUUCUCAUCUUCAUUUUCUCGUACUCAACAGCAACAACAACAACAACAGACCACAUUGUCAACUCCGUCGUUAUCUAAUCGAAUUCCGACAACAUGA